AUGGAGUCAAAACUGGAAAUUGGGAUGGAUCAGCCGGAGUUUUCCUUUCAGGGUAGAAUGACGACCAGACUCAGGAAGAACCGUAAAAAGCGGGGUCACGUGAGUGCCGGACAUGGUCGUAUCGGAAAACACAGGAAGCAUCCAGGAGGUAGGGGUAACGCCGGAGGAAUGCACCACCACCGUAUCCUCUUCGACAAAUAUCAUCCAGGGUACUUCGGUAAAGUCGGAAUGAGGUACUUCCACAAGCUACGAAACAAGUUCUAUUGCCCCAUCGUCAACGUCGACAAGCUCUGGUCCAUGGUUCCUCAGGACGUGCGAGAGAAUGCCUCCGCCGACAAGAUCCCUGUAGUCGAUGUAUCACAGCACGGAUUCUUCAAGGUUUUAGGGAAAGGUAUGGUGCCUCCGUCGCAUCCGAUGGUUGUUAAGGCGAAGCUUAUAUCAAAGACAGCGGAGAAGAAGAUUAAAGAGGCUGGUGGUGCUGUUUUGCUUACUGCUUAGGUUUGUUUUGCGGUUACUGUAUCUUCUUUUUCUUAUAAUUACCUGCAUCCUUUUUUAGGCUGUUUGGUUCUUUUGAACAUGAAUUUUGUUUCCAUAUGAGUUGUUUUCGGAAUACAAUAGACUCUUUCUAUAAAGACAUC